AUUCAUCCCCAGUUCAAAGUUUUGGAAUGGAAUUAUGUCAAAGUCUGGCAGUUCAGAGAAGCAAGGUAGCGUAAACAUAGAGCUUUGUUGCAUUAGUGAAGAAAAUGAGAAUGUAGAUGAGAUGGCUGAUCCCUCAGAAGAAGCUUUUGCAGCAGAAGUUGUUACCACUUCAAUCAGAAGAGAACCACUUUCUAACAUUACAGAAAAUUUAAACCCUCCUGCUGCUGUUUCUGAAGCUGAGAUCUUCCCGGAUAGAUGUAGCCUAGAUUCUGUCCACACGGAAUUCAGUUUCACCAGUACUUUUAAUAGGGCAAAACAAAAACUUGGAAAUCACGACCACAGUAAGAGAAGGUAUGGAAAUAACGCAAAGGAGGACCAGAAUAUGGUCAUUGGAGCAAAUGGUCUUAGGAGGGCCACUGAAUCACUAAACAAGGGAUUCAGUAAGCCAAAAUUAUCUGGACAAACCAGUUUGGGAAAAGGAGGCCCAAGUAUCUCCAAGAGAGACUCCAAGAGUCAUAACAUUGUUUCCAAUAUCACUUCCUUUAUUCCACUUGUGCAAGAGAAGCAACCAGCUGGAAUUAUAACAGGGAAGAGGGAUGUCAAAGUGAAGGCCCUGGAGGCCGCUGAAGGUGCCAAACGGCUUGCUGAAAUGAAAGAGAAUGAACGUAGAAUGAAGAAGGAGGCUUUAAAGCUUGAACGAGCAAGGGUGGAGCAAGAAAACUUGAGGCAGUUGGAGCUGCAGAAGAAAAUGAAAGAAAAGGAACGGAAGAAAAAAGAGGAUGAUAUGGCAGCAAGGAAACGACAAAGAGAAGAAGACGAAAUGAAGGAGAAGGAAAGGAAAAGGAGGCGUACUGAGGAAGCACAAAGGCAGCAGCGAGAACGUGCGGAAAACUUACGUGCUAAGAAAGAAGAUAAACAAAAGAAACUCAAAGCCAAAGAUGAAAGACCUCCGUACAAGAAGAAAUCUGAUGAUUACUCAAGAAAGCUUGAGAAGAGAGAAGUACAUGCGCAUGACAAGUCCCAAGCUGAACCUAGGAAUGCCAGGACUUCAACAAGUGAUGCAAGAAAAGCAAACAUUGUCCUUGAAGAAUGUGAGUCGACAAGUGGACGUGGCUAUGGUACUAAGGUAUUGAAUGACGUUGGCAAAGUGGCAGAUACUGACAAGUCGAGUACGAGCAUAAGUUAUGAAGAAUCAUAUGAUAUCUCCCCGUACAAAGGUUCAGAUGAUGAAGAUGAGGAAGAUGAUGACUUCCCGAACGGUAAAUUCAUUCCUUCAUGGGCCAGUAAACACAGCUUGGCUUUGGCUGUUUCUUCCCAACAAAGAGUAGACCCAGCAGAAAUAUUCCCCACAGAAAGUUUUUGCAAUAUUGCUGAAGUUUUGUUGCCUCGAAAGUGUCAGCUAAGAUAAGGGUCACUUCAGUCAAGUUUGACCUUGUUAAAUUUCGAAGUUCCUGUGGUUGUUCAGCAAGUUGGGGACAAGAGCUUUUGUACUAAAGCGUAAAGAGGUUUCCACGGAACAAAACUGAGAGUAGUUCACGAGCAGGUGACUCCUUAUAUCUGUAUUCUGAAGAUCACUGGACCUCAAUGAUGUGUAUAUAUAUAUAUAUUUGCUGCCAGCAAUGGUUAGACGCACUGGAGGCCUAAGCAAGACUCUCGGUUGGUUCCGUAUCACCCUAUGCAUCCAUAAGCUAAAGGGAAACAUAAGUUCAUGCAGGUGACUUAAUUGUUCAUUGUUAAUUCUUAAACUUACAGAGGUUAAGAUAUUGAUCUUUUGGAGUCAAGUAGUAAAGCAGGUAAAGAUCUGAACUAAAGGCUUUUCGCUGAAUAUUCCUUUGAGACGUAGAGCUAGCAACUUCAUUCACUUUACACAAGUUCUUGUAAGCCCUAUCAGGAGGGAGUGCUGAGUGGUGCUUGAACUGUUUUGGUGAUAUAUAAGUAUUUGUUAACAAUUCGUUCCUUAUAAAAGAGGGAUCUGCAUUCAACCAAGGUUGGUGAUGGGAGCACUUAUUUCUUUUC